UUCCCCAAGAAGGAAAUGAUGAAGUUGAAAUUAUAAAAGCAGGCUACAUGUUUUUCUUCUUUAUGUUUGUUAUUGGAUUCUAUAUUUUCUUUCAUUAUCUUUACCAACUUAAAAGUAUAAUGAGAAAAGGUAAUAUAUAUAAUAGCAUCUUUUAAAAAUACAAACUUGCCGUUGGUUUGAAAUUUUGAGAUGAUUUUUCUUAUAAAGCUGCAGUUUUAAUUAAUAUAUUGUAUCCAUUCCAUAUAUAUUGGAACUUGAAUGCACAUGAAAGUUUUGAAACAUUCAUUUAUUCAUUUUUGUUUAGGCGUGAAAUGAGGUUUUGUAUAUGCUUACUGAUUGGGACACCACAUCCAGGCAGCAAAUGUGUUUAGCUUACUAAAUCUUUUUCAUUGUGUGAACCGUUUAUGGAGUCUAUUGUGUUAGACUAUUGGAGUAGAAAGACAAAGUAAUCGAUGCAUAACCCAAUUGCAAUUACCUAGAGUGCACUACAUGUAAAUCCAUCUGUAUUACUUUCAAUAAAUACUGAUUUGUUUGUAUAUACCCUGUUCAUAUUGUAUUUUUCCACAACAAGAAUGUAGCUACUACCUAUAAGACAUUCAUUUAGAUGAGAUUCGUAUGAAACUUCUAGUAUCACUUUGUUUCCACAAUUUUCAUGCUGCUAGAGUGGAAUGGUGUUGGCUGAAUAUGCGAAAAUAUUGUUCAAUUUGCCUUCUCCAUGUGAGUUGAGUUUAUGCCAAUCAUAAAGCAAAAAAAUUGAAUAUGUAGCUUUCGUAAAAUUGAACUGUGAUCCUUCAGCUAUUCCAUCUAAUUAAUUCAAUUCAAACAAUGCAAAACUGAAUCCAGAAAACUUACUUUUUAUCUUUAUAUUGAUAUAUGAAUACCUUUCCGGUUCUUUUACAUUCUUACCAACUUACAUAGAUAGACCAAAUACCAUCAUGAAGAAAAUUGUAUAAUUAGAUUCUGAAUCAGAAUGAUAGGGAUAAAGCAUACACUUAUUGUGGACAACCAGGUGAUCUACCAAUCCAACUCUAUCCAUGGGGUUCAUAAAGUCUGACGAGCCAUUGUGCAUAAUAGUCCUGCAAAUUACAAUGUUUGAUACAGUCUGUUCUACAAAUUUAGAUUAUAACAAACACAGUGGCUCCCAAAUCAGGGGAUAUAUUGUGCCACAAAUGUUACUGGUGGCAAUGAUGAUUAAUUAUGUCUCCUUAUCAGGGCAAUGGAAGUCAACUUGUGGAAGAAAGCUUCUUCCUUAUAUCUCUGAAUUUUAUUGAGCUCGGGACUGCUUCUGUUAUAGUGCCUACAAAUUAGAAUGGUAUUUGUUGAUAGAACACAAGGUAAACAUAUCAUGCAUAAUGUGAACGUAACGAAAUUUAUCUUAUGUUACUUCUCACAAUUUGAAAAUAUGGAUUUUUAAUUAUUGCAUUGUCAUAUCAUUCAAUAUCGACAUGUAUAAAUCAUCAAGUAUGAAUGGGUUUAUGUGGGUGUGCAUGUUUUGUGAGACAAAUAGUUGUGUACUUUUAGUUUUCCGUUGGUGGGGGAACCAGUAGGAAGGGUGUACAAUUCUAGUCGUUACUGGAGAUUUUUACCUUUAAUAUUAACAGCUUGUGAAUGGGGAAAAAGAGGAGGCAGUGGGGAUUACACUUAUACGUCAAUGGGUGCUAAUGAAUAUAGCCAAAGUAGAUCCCUUUAAUUAUGAUAAUUGUGCAAAAAUGAGGAAAUAUUGUGUAUAAUGUGUGGCAAGCAUGCACCAAGUAGAUUCUGGUUUUUUUUUUUCUCUCUCUCUCUCUUCCACUGGCAAGAAUUUUCUACUGGAUCCUCUGAAUUGAUCUACAGUAAGAGAUCCAAAGAUUGAUGUUGGAAGGUUGAUGAUUCAAGGUUCCGAAGCUUUAUGCUUAUGGGUAAUUUUCUAGAACCUGAUAAUCUGAUUAUAGUUUCUCUUAUUAUUUCUUUGAGGAUAUUCUUUUUCUUUUUUUUUAAUUAUUAUUAUUAUCAGAAAGUAGAGUCUUCGAUUAUAGUCUAAAAAUUAUGGUACUCUCUUGCAAGUAAUUAGUCAUUCGCAUUACUUCACAUAAACUCAGUUGAUGCACAGCUCUUGCUGUUGUGACAAUCUGCUUCGGUGUCAUGCAUGUUAUGUGCUAUGAGGCUGGACUUACUGUUUUUGCACAGCUUAGUGGCUUUGAAUUUCUUUUAACACCUCACUAAAGAUUAAUAGAAGCCGAGAAGCUACAGUCCUUGAGCUUGUGUUUAGAAAACUGAUUUUCUUGCUCUCACUGUUUCCUACUUGUUUAAUCCAAUGAAAUCAACCAAAAAACUUUUCUAAUAUUGUUUUUGUUGCUUCCAUUUUUUACUUUGGACCAUGAUAGUUGGCCAUUUUUGGUCUUGUAUCAUUUUCCUUUUUCUUUUAGCUUUCUGUAAAAUAUGACUUGAUCACUAACAAACAGCAAAAGACAGUCUUAUCACCUAGUAUUCCUCCACACUCGUGAUUGGUGUGUUGUUUGAGUUGAGAUGUAUGAUGCUUUUUGCUAAUAUUAUCAAUUCUGUUCCCUCCUUUGAUUUGAUUGGUUGGUUGUGUUUUUCCGUUGUCACUUGGGAGAGGAGAGGAAUAUGGUGAGAUUGGGAGGGACUCUUCCCUCUGCUCCUCUACAAAAUGCAGGGCCUUCCAUGACUUUGCCUUUCCUCCUUACAUGACUUGUGUCCGUGUAAGGUGAUGCAUAGUGAGCACUUUCUACCAGGAGCAGAGUAUUUAGGUGUUUUGUCAGUAGUACCGAAUUUUUUUAUUGCAACUGUGUUUUUGCUAACCCUCCUACUCGCCUUGAAACAAACUCCUGGUAUGUGAAAGUUGAGAGCCAAGUUCACAAAAGCUUUGCGUGACUGUUUGGGGGUGAAUUUAGAAACAAUGGUCUUAUGGUUUUUGACAAAAUUAAUAUAUCAGGACUAUCAAUUUAUAAAACACAAGUUUCACUGAAGUGUGCUGGAAUCCAAACCGCCGAUUCACUGCGCAUUGCAAGUCCCAGUGGAGACAAAGAGAGGAACCUUCAUAUGCUCGGCAAAUUUAAAGAGAAGAUAGAAUUUGAGAGAGAGAGAGUAAGAACGAUGUCUUGUAUUUGUAUGGAUUUUCUCCUAUUCUAAAUUCAAGUUGUUGAUUUGGUUUUUCUAAAGACAGUAACAAAAAUUUAAAUUUAAAAUAUAUAAUAAUUUCACUAAUGUGAAAUUUUUGGAGACUUGCUCAGGGAAUUUACCUAUAAAAAAAAAAAAAAAAAAAAAAAAAAAAAAAAAAAAAAAAAAAAUUAGAAAAAAAAAAUGGAGAAAAUGGAAGCAGAGCUUUUGGAAGAAAAAAAAAAUUAAUGCGUUUCAUCACCUGGGGGCAUUCCCGCAACUUUGGUAUAUCUUGAAAUUAAGAGGAACGUGGGUUUGUUUAGUGAAACAGCACAACUAACCGUAUUAACCGCCACCAUUAAAAUCAAUAUCCCCCAAAAAAAAACAAAAAAAAUAAAAAUUUGAACAAAAAUCCAAAACAUUGCUCAAAACCAUAUUUUGAAAAGUAGUGCAAAAUAAGCAGCAAAACAAUCUGAUUUGGGUUUUGGUCCAUAUACCAAGGAAGGAAGAUAUUCAUUCAAAUAACAUCUCUAUAUUUCAUCAAGAGAAACCCAAUGGAAGAAAUGAUCAGAAAGGGACAGUGGACGGCUGAAGAAGAUGAAGUACUCAUAAAUUUUGUGAAGAAAUAUGGUCCCAGAGAUUGGAGCUCCAUUCGAUCCAAAGGUCUCUUGCCCCGGACCGGAAAAUCUUGUCGUCUCCGAUGGGUCAACAAGCUUAGACCCAACUUGAAAAUUGGAUGCAAAUUUUCUGCAGAGGAAGAGAGAGUGGUGAUAGAGUUGCAGGCAAGGUUUGGGAACAAAUGGGCGACGAUCGCGUCGAAUUUGCCGGGGAGGACUGAUAAUGAUGUCAAGAAUUUCUGGAGUACUAGGCAGAAGAAGUUGGCAAGGAUUCUAAAAUCAUCGUCUUCGCAGCGGAGCAAGUCGCGGAAGAACAAAGGAAAAGCCAUGGAUGUCAAUGACAUGCCAACAUUGCAGGCUCCUAAAUAUAGUCCCACUCUAGUGAAAGAAGAAUCAACUUCACACUGCUAUUCUUGCUCCUCUUGUAGCAUGCACAACACUGAAAUGACCAAAAUGACACUACCGGAUUUAAUGAGCACAAACAUGGUCAAUGUGAACACUAGCCUUCCUUUUGUUGAUGUCGUAGAGACUGAUGAAAGAUCAUCAACAAAAGCAGAGCUCUCACUUUUGCCAGAAAGCCAUGAUUUUGUCGAGGGAGUAGUACUUGAUGAACCCAACUACUUGGAUAUGUUUACAUGUCGAGAAGUUUCUGAACUCGGAAAUGUACCACAUCUCAGUUUUCAGUCACCAUUUCUUGAAUUGGAGAGCAGUUUCCGGGCUGAUGGAAGAGCUGAAGAUGAUAAGCUUGAAACCCCGGAUAGUUUCUUUGACGAUUUCCCAGGUGACAUGUUUGAUUAAUGGGCUUGAGCCAAUUCCAAGCUCAUCGGCACCAAGAAAUGUGUUAAAUUUGCUCAUACUCUGGUUUGUUAAUUUACUGUAUAAAUGUGCUGACAUGUAAUAAUGGAAUGUAUUACUAUAAUACUGAUUUCUGUUCUAAUGAUGCCCUUCUCUGUAGCACAUUCCAGUGGUUGUUUGGAUUGAGUUGGUCAAGCUUGUAAACCCAAAAAAAGAAAAAAAGAAAAAAAGGUUGAAAUACUUUUUUGGAUCCUCCCAAUGUCGCCAUUGGCACAAGAUAUAAAAGCUUGGGUGUACCAU